GACAGGAUCGCGGAUGUCAUGCAGUUUGUGAAGAUUUUUCCUGUCAAACAGGCUUUCAGUUGUGGCGUUGACUGGAACAGACGCACGAAAAAGAGAAAACUACGAAAACUACUCUGGGCGUGCUUUCCUCCAUAAGAUCAACUAACUUCACAUUUUGAGAAUGCUUGUUUGCAAUACAUGACGUGUAUUUCUUCGCCCAUGAUACAUAAGAGAGACCUCAGUUUCCGCAGGGUGCCUUCGAGGAAUAACCAGCAGGAUGGCCCGACAAUGGAUGAACUGUGGGAUCAACCAUGCUUCAUUUGCAUAUGCCAUGACUACGCUGGGGUCAUCCAUGAUCAACAAUAUUUUUAGCUUCUACUAUGUCAAACUCUUUUUGAAUAAGUACAAUAUAUCUGAAGCAGCUUUCCACCAAUCACAAGUGGUGUACAUGGUGUGGAAUGCUGUCAAUGACCCUCUGUUUGGUUACCUGCAAGAUAACUCCAGGGUGCCUUGCUGCUCUCAGCGACGUCUCUCCAUCCUUUAUGGCGCUCCUCUCUACUCGCUGUCCUUUCUCAUUGCCUGGUUCCCAUGGAGCACCUACUCUAGUGGUGACUGGUUGAGUGGCCUACACCUGACAGUGGCGCUGUGUGCCUUUGACGCGCUGUUGACUUUCGUGCUGCUCGCACAGUGUGCCUUAUUUGCAGAGAUUUCAAGCAACCAUCAUAAUCGUUUAAGACUUAUAAAAUACAACCAGCUGGCUUCUCUCAUUGGGUCCUCUAGCGUUCUUUUCUGUGGCAUGGUGUCGACAAACAUGGAAAACUUCAAAGCUUUCCAGGCAUUCACGGUGCUCAUUGCUAUAGUUAGCUGCAUCUGCAUGAUGUACACUGGGAUUUACAGUAAAAGCCGCUUUGAUAGUAAAAUAUAUGAGUUAAUUGAUCAAGAGUGUGCCGACAAGGGGGCAAGUAAAACGGCGUGCUCCCUCUCCAUGUUGAAGGCGCUGACAUGGCAGAUUCUCACCAACAGGGACUUCCAACUGUUUGUGGUCAUGAACUUCUUCCAGGUGUUCAUUUUGGCUUUCUUUAAUAACUUCACCAUGAUAUUCACUGAGCACCUGAUUCCCCCAGAUGCGCUUCCAUCGCUAGCCAAGAGUUUCAUGUAUGGAGCAGGAUUCAUCUUGCCACAGCUUUUGGUUUUGAGUAGUCAGAGUCUACUGCAAAGUCUUGGCUACUACAAGAUCAUCCUCUUCACAUUUAUUUUGGAGGCUGGGAUGGCAGUCCUCAUGUUUAUACUUGGUCCUCAACGUUACUACUUCUUGGCCUUUUUCCUCACUAUAAAUAUGGUUAUAAUACAAGCAGCCUUCAGUCUCUUUGGUUUGCCUUUGGCGGACAUUAUUGACAUGGAUAUGCAGAAAUACAAACGCAGCUCCCCUCUCUCCUCCAUGGUGUUUGGAACAAAUGCUCUGUUCACCAAACCAGCUCAGUCUCUGGCUCCCAUGAUAGUCCUUAAUAUCAUGAACCACUUUGGAUAUGAGAAGCUGAAAGAUGUGGGCCAGGAGUCUAAUCAAAGUGCUUUGGAAAGUCUCCACAGUGUUAUGUUCUACUUGGUCUGUCUGAUACCCAUGUGUGUCGCCAUUCUGCAAGUUCUGGCUUGGAGGCCAUUUUCCAUCCGCAACAGUCACACAGUUGAUUCCAAGUACAUUGACACCUAAUAUCAGUAUCCUCAAAGUGUUAAAGAUAAGCUUUCACUGGAUGGUUUCUUUUUGUGACUGCUGGAGAUGGGCACCAGACCCCUCACAACCCUGGAAGGAUAUACGUGUUAGAUAACGGAUGAAUAGAUGGUUUCUUUUUGUUGGUGUUCGGGGGCCUCCUUCAUCAGUCUUGUUAAAAUGUAUGUAUUUUUAAUGUGAUAGGUGAUGAGGGAAACAUGGAAAAUGUGCAUUUUCUUUCAAAACAUAAUAAGGUAAUAAUUUGACCUUUACAAGUUUCUAAAGUCUAAUGACAGGUGCUGGUCACACUUGCUGUUGAUCAGCUAGUUGCUACUUUCCCUGUUGAAUCUUACAAAAGCUGAAAGGGUUUAUGCAGGCUUCCAUUUUGGUGUUGCUUUUCUUAAAACCUGGAGUCUGAUGUAUGUUUUGUACACUUUAGAUUAUAUGUAAAUAAUGUUAGGGGCUGAUGAAGACCAGAUCAGCCUGAUCCACAAAGUCUUGACCUCAAACAGGGUGUACUUUCUUUCCCUGUGAUUAUAACAGUUGAAAUAAUAUUGAGUUAUAUAGAAAUCAAACUUUUCUUAAUAUUUGACUUAUUUUAAAAAUACCAAAAAAAUAAAGAAAUUUAUCAAAGAAGAGCAACCUCCACUCGUGAUUUCCAACAUCCACAGUGUCGGGUUUCUUCCAGCUGUUGUGUAAAAAUAAGAUGUGUGUUAACAAACUGUGACUUUAAAUGACCUGUCUGACAAACCCAGUCAUGAUUCUAGGUCUAUGCUAGUGCUGUCCUCUGUACAACAUCUGUUAAGAAAAGAAAUUCACAAUCAGGUACUGCACUCACACUUUUUAAGGAAAAUAUCACUUUUUAUUUUAGUCUGAGAAAAGGGUCCAAUGCAUUAAGUCGACGGAGCAAAAUAACUCAACAGAACAACUGUAUAAAUCAAACUUAUUUUGUUGCAAAAGAAAUGCAUCUUGAAAUGUUUUUGAGUUUACAACCCAUGACUCCUUAGAACUAAUGCUUGUCUAAUGUUUUACCUUCGCAUUUUUACAAUCACAUUCCAGGUUUGGUCUUUGUCUUACUUCCAUUUUCUGCCCUAACAUAAAGCUAAAAACUGUUAUUUUAAGUUUCUUUGAAAGCUAUGCAUUCAUAAAAUGGAAAAUGAGUAGAUUUUUUUUUACUUAUGUAGGCUCUGAUAGCUAUUUUUUUGUUGUUGAAGAAAAUGCAUAAAAACAAUGCAAGUUAUUUUUUAUAAUAAAUGACAGUGAGCUCAGUUGCAUGUAAUAUUGACAACACACUCCAGCAUGUGUGUAAAAAUAGGUUGAUCUUUAUUUACCUUGAAGGAAUGGAAUAAAAAUGUAAAAAAGAAAACAUGAAAGAUGAGGACCUUUAUGAAUAUAACUUACAAGUGAAAUCAUGCAGUACAUGGUUUCACAGGAAAAAGGUUUAGUAGGAAAUGUCACAGUGAUUAAAAAUCAAUUGCAGAAAUAAAAAUUAAAUACCAGAUUUAAUUAGAAAAUGGAUUAGAACCAUUCCUUUGUAGGAGAUGUAUGUGUCAAAUGAAAUUUAUGCUGAAUGAAUCUGUGUUAUGUAUGCAUAUGGAACUUUAAAAGUACACUGGACUGGAGGCUUCACAGCUGAAUUGUUAUCAGAGUGGAGUUUUACCUAAUAUAAACUGAUAUAAUAAAGAUGAUAUUUGCUUAUUUUGUAAUGCCAAUA